GGGGUAGUCACGUGACUCUGAUCGCGUGCGCAAAGUGUCUGCGUCGUCCGUCUCCGUGCAUGAAGAGAGUGGGCGAUGUGGGUGCUGAGGCCGAUAACCCCGGGUGGAGAAGGACCUUACUAUUUCUUAGUUGGUGUUAAUUAUGUUGUUGGACGAAAAAACUGUGCAAUCCUUCUACGUGAUGAUCAGUCUAUCAGUCGUUCACAUGCUACACUUUCGGUUGUUCAUCCUGCCACAAAUCUGAACCAAGUUGCCAGUACCUCUGUACUGACAUUAAAAGAUACUUCAAAAUAUGGAACUUUUGUAAAUGAGGUGCGCUUAGAAAAGGACAGCCCAAGGAUCUUGAAGUCAGGAGAAUUGGUCACAUUUGGAGUUUUUGACAGCAAAUUCAGGGUAGAAUAUGAACCCCUGAUUGUAAGCUGUUCCUGUUUGGAUGGGCCAGUUAAAAUUACACUAAACCAAUCAAUUCAAUGUCUUGGAGGUCAUGUUACCAGCAGCUGGACAGAGGAUAGCACUCACCUCGUUAUGUCAUCAGUAAAGGUUACAGUGAAGACUAUAUGCGCAUUGAUCUGUUGUCGACCAAUAGUAAAACCAAAAUUCUUUGUCGAUCUUAUUGAAGCAAUCCGAAAUAGAGGACAACUUCUCAAUUCAGAAAGUUAUUCCCCACCUGUUGACGAACCUAGUAUCAAGCCUGGAGAACUGGAUAUUACAGUGAAACCAGAAAGAAAAUCGAUUUUUAGAGGCAAAACAUUCUUAUUUUUAAAUGGAAAACAGCACAAGAGGCUGAGCACUGCUAUAAUUUUUGGUGGAGGAGAUGCUAAAGUCUUAGAGAGUAGUGGCUCAAAUAUUUUGCUGAUUGAAGCAGCAGGAAGUUGUGUCAUUGAUAUUGGUGCAUCAGAUUCUCAGACUAUGUCAAAUUCAAUGGAAAAAUGGAUCGAGUCAGUUAUGAAAACAUUGCAACGAAAAGGAUUGCGUGCUAUACCUGAGGCAGAAAUUGGUUUAGCUGUUAUCUACAGUUCAACAGAUAAUUAUUGUAACCCUCACAAAAAGCCGAUUUCUGAAACUUGUUCAAGAACAGUGAUUCCAGGUCCUACACUUUCUCAAAGUGUCUGCAUGGCUGACAUGACAGCUCCAUGUUUUUCACAAACUAUUGCAUGUGUUCCAGACACUCAACCGUCGCAGGAAUACAGUACAAGAACAAUCGUAAGUUGUGCACAGGUAGUAGAAGAAACACUGGAAGUGGAAGAGGAUAUUUCUGCAGUAAAGGAAACAUCCAGCAUGAGGCUAUUAAAUUCUACAGAAAAAAAACACUUGAAUGAAGAAAAGAGACAAACAUUGGCCACUGUUGACCAAAAAACAUCCACAGGAACAAAACAUAAGGGUGCUGAAAGGAAAGGCAACACCUCUUCACAAAAACAGUCCCUUCUUAUCCACGACUACUUUCAACCAGUGGAAAGAAAAAGACAAAGAGAGGAAACUGGAUUAUCCCAGGCUAAAUUUGCAAGAACAGAGGACCCAGAUCUAUUUGAUGAUCAUCUUCUGCACAUCGAUCCUUCAUCGGAGAUGAAAGAUUCUGAGUUCACAAGUCAGAGCACACAGACCAAAUGUUUUUCUGAAAACCUCAAAACAGAAUCUUAUGCUAAGUGUUCAAAAGGGAAUGCUGAGCCAUCAAAUGAAGAAAAAAGAAAGGGAGAAAAUGUCCCUGAGAAAACUGAGCUUUUGUGCGAGUUUAAAACACAAAAAAGAAAACAAGAAGAAAACCUGGAAGAUGACAUGACAUUUUCCAGGAAUGAACCACUAGGAGUGAGUAAAAGGAGAAAGAUAGAACUUGAUGUUUUGGCAUACAGUGUGAAAGAUGAGCUCAUGACAGAUGAGAAAGAUAAGCCCAUGUCAGAGAAUGGGGCUAAAGUGCCUCAUAUGGAAUUACUUCAUCAAUCUGAAAAUUAUGAGACUCUUCCAAGUAAACUUUUGUUGACUGUGUUCAAGUCACUCGUUGUUUCUCAGCCUGGAAAAGGGACACGGUUUACCUCCAAUGACAGUGCCAAUGACACCCAACUGAAGAACUUUAAGAAAUUUAGAAAGGUUUUGUAUCCUGGGGCAAAGACACUUCCUAAAAUUAUUGGGGGCACAGAUCUGAAGGCUUAUCAAACCAAAAAGAACUCAGAAAUGGAAGAGUGGUUAAGACAAGAAGUGGAGGAACAGAGCCAGAAAGCUAAGGAGGAGAAUCUUGCUGAUGACUUGUUCAGAUAUGACCCAAAAUCUGUCAAAAGAAGAUGAUGCAGUUGGGGAAAACCAUCACUGGCAGCAAUAAUCAAACCCUCUCGAGCUUCAGAGUACAAUCAUAUAUAGCUGAAAAUGCUACCGAGAAGUCAUAAAGAUUUCCUUUUGGAAUGUUUACAGCUAUUUCUAUUCAUGUUUAGCUGUGUUCUAAUUUUAAAAGUCAAUCUUUCAUAUUUUUUUGUACUACUGUAGACCACAUCGUUGGGCUACAUCAAGUUCUGUGAGGAAACGGGGAAGAUGGUAGAAAGCUGCGAAGUAAAAUUGACUAACGAUUGUAUGCAUGUGGGUACUGUUAUUAUGAAACAUGAAUGUAAUAAAUAGCUGAUUCAGAAAAACAAUGUUAAAAUUGUUCAAAAUAAGCAAACAUUCAAUUUUCUUUACAUCAUUAAAGUUCACAAAUAUAUGCAACAAAAUAGUAUUUUACUACAAAUGUUAUACAAAAGUCAGAUUUGAAAAUAAAGAAUUACAUGAGUUUUAGUGGCAUGUAUACUUUGAGACCAAAAUGCCGUGGUAGCCUAAGUUGUCUAUAUGAAAGAAAUCUGAGCUGUUUCACAUGAACCUGAGUUUAUCUUUGAUCCAAAAUUGCCUUUGUACAAUUAUUAUGUUUAUAUUAAAAUACAUCUUACCAUCCAAAUUGAAGAUUCUGUAGUAGAAAAUACUACUUAGAUUUGUCAAGCAACUUAUCAUGUUGAGAUAUGUUUAAAUCAAUGUGCUUGUAACCUUUGGAAUGGUAUGGCCAUUUUGCAUUAUUAGAGUAAACUUUCAUGUGCAAUUGUAACAAAAAUAUAAAUCAUUUAUGU